AAGCCGUGUCUGGACGCAACGUUGAGUUGUUUACUGUUUCUGACAGCCUUUUCGGGUUUAAAACAGAUGCACUUUCGCAAACCAGCAUCCAACCGUUGGAAAAUUGGACUGUGUGCAUCAAGGAAGAUAUGGGGAAACCAAAGAAAAAGAGUGAUCUCAGCCGAGCUGAGCUCAUGAUGAUGACCAUUGCCGAUGUCAUCAGUCAGCUGGUUGAAGCCCACGAAGAGGGCAAAGACAUCAAUCUCAACAAAGUGAAGACUAAGGCUUCGGCUAAAUAUGGACUUGAAGCCCAGCCUCGGUUGGUCGACAUCAUCGCUGCCGUUCCACCACAGUACCGCCGGGCUCUGGUGCCCAAGCUAAAGGCCAAACCCAUCCGCACUGCCAGUGGGAUCGCAGUGGUGGCUGUGAUGUGCAAACCGCAUCGAUGUCCACACAUCAGCUUCACAGGCAACAUCUGUGUCUACUGUCCUGGUGGUCCAGACUCAGACUUUGAGUACUCCACACAGUCUUACACUGGCUACGAGCCAACGUCCAUGAGAGCCAUCCGAGCACGUUAUGACCCCUACCUUCAGACCAGACAUCGGGUGGAGCAGCUGAAGCAGCUGGGGCACAGCGUGGACAAGGUGGAGUUCAUCGUGAUGGGUGGGACCUUCAUGGCCCUGGCUGAGGAGUACAGAGACUACUUCAUCAGGAACCUCCACGACGCCUUGUCAGGACACACCUCAAACAACGUGGCCGAGGCCGUCAGAUACUCGGAGCGCAGUAACACCAAGUGUGUGGGAAUCACCAUCGAGACGCGGCCUGACUACUGCCUGAAGCGACACCUCAGCGACAUGCUGGGCUACGGCUGCACGCGGCUGGAGAUAGGAGUCCAGAGUGUGUAUGAAGACGUGGCCCGAGACACCAACAGAGGGCACACGGUGCGAGCUGUCUGUGAGUCUUUCCACCUUUCAAAGGACGCCGGCUUCAAAGUAGUUGCCCACAUGAUGCCAGAUCUGCCUAACGUGGGCAUGGAGAGGGAUGUGGAGCAGUUCAUUGAGUUCUUUGAGAAUCCAGCGUUCAGGCCCGAUGGUUUGAAGCUGUACCCAACACUGGUGAUCCGAGGCACGGGUCUGUAUGAGCUGUGGAAGACGGGCCGCUACAAGAGCUACACACCCAGUGCUCUGGUGGACCUGGUGGCCCGGAUCCUGGCGCUGGUGCCGCCCUGGACACGAGUCUACCGGGUGCAAAGGGACAUCCCCAUGCCACUGGUGAGCUCCGGAGUGGAGCACGGCAACCUGAGAGAGUUGGCCCUGGCCCGGAUGAAAGACAUGGGCACUGAGUGUCGAGACGUGAGGACAAGAGAAGUGGGCAUUCAGGAGAUCCACCACAAAGUCCGACCGUAUCAGGUGGAGCUGGUGCGGAGGGACUAUGUGGCUAACGGCGGCUGGGAGACUUUCCUCUCCUACGAGGAUCCCGAGCAGGACAUCCUGAUCGGCCUGCUGCGUCUGCGCCGCUGCUCCCCGCAGUCCUUCCGCCCGGAGCUGAAAGGAGGCGUGUCCAUCGUCCGCGAGCUGCACGUCUACGGCAGCGUUGUCCCCGUCAGCAGCCGGGACCCCAGCAAGUUCCAGCAUCAGGGUUUUGGCAUGAUGCUGAUGGAGGAGGCAGAGAGAAUUGCCAGAGAUGAACAUGGCUCGAGCAAAUUGGCUGUCAUCUCAGGUGUGGGAACAAGGAACUACUACAGGAAGAUGGGCUAUGAGUUGGAGGGGCCGUAUAUGGUGAAGGACCUCUAUGGACCCGGAAUGGACUGAACCUGGACACUGAUUUUUUAUCAGGACAGUGGAUACAGGCGCACGUACACACACACCAUUGUAUUUAUCAAGACAACAUUCUGGGGGACUGGUUGCCGCGGUAUGUUUAGGGGAACUUGUUCUGUUUUUUAAGCAUCAGAGGAGAUAACGGUUAGGUUUUUAUCUGGUACACACCAGGAAAUGCUGUUGCAUCUCCUCCGCUUUAUUUCUAAUUUUAAAGAUAAGGACCCGUGAGGUGUAAGAGUGUGUAAGGAAUAAAGUGACCCUAUUCAGGAUGAAUCCGGAACAUCUGGUGGACGAGGCUUUGAGUUCAUUUUGAGACGCAAACUUUUUUCUUGUAUCUUUUUUUUUUUUUCUUGCUCCUUUUUUUGAAACUGGUACCAAACACACAGCUCUCCACUUUGAAACAAAUGGGUACCACCAGUGCCUCGUCUACGAACUCUGUUUCAGCAGUUCUGUCUUCAGUUGGACAAGAAAUGAGGACAAUAUGGAGGACAUUUUUAAUUUUACUCAGAUGUUACAUGUGUCUGGUAAAUAAAGAUCCAAAUGGCUAUCCCUUUGGUUUGUGUUCGUCUAGGAUGAGAAACCUGUUUAGCAUUGCAGUUUGAGUUAAUCAUGUUUGUGUUGCAAUUAAAUAGAAAAGCCAUUAUGAGUCAAGCGUUCAUUAACGGCUGGCAGUGGAUGAAUAAACUGGAAAGUGUCCUCACUGGGCGGCCGUUGCGAUUUAUAGGGCAGGAAAUUGAAUAUUAGCGUUACAUAAAUUGCUUUUUUAAAGCCCCACAGUUAAUCCUA